AUGGCCAAAAGGUUUCUGCUGUCAGACUCCACAGCUUAUGGAUGGCUACCUUCGCGGGCUGUCUCCGGCAACGGUGUGGAGGUGGUCCAGGAAACGAUUGCCUUCAUAAGUUGCGGAGGCAGCUUGAUUAGAAAGGGAACCUCAGGCCCGAGCAUACUGACCUUGCUGUCCAACUGGAUCAAAGAAAAUCCAGACUUCUUGCACCAAGACGCUGCCGUCUGCUGCAAGGCAGUCCCUGCAAGAGACUCGGUCCCACAGCGUUCUUAUGACGCAUUGGAACGCGGCCGCGACCAAUGGCAGGUGCCGGAAACAAAAACACCGAUCAUGCACAUUGCUCCAGAAGCUUACAAAGGCAGGACCUUGCACUUCAAGGCAGCCGUGGCAUCAACAGCGAUGCAAACAGUUGUCCAAGUCGCAUUGCAAGACUUCCCCGCUGAGCGCUUCCCAGUGCUGGUGUGCGCGGGCUGGAAUGUGAGUGAAAAAGAACACAUAGACGAGAUGCUGGCCCUUCGCCACCUGUGUGACGCUCAGGACUGGAAGAGCUUCAAGGUAGCUGUGUUUCAGCACAGCAGUGAGAAGGUAGAUUUCGCAGUCUAUUGCCAUUGCCUGCGACAGCCUCCGCCUCUGCUAUUUCAAACCAACACAGAGGACCACGACCAGGCUGCAGAGAACAAGUCCCGAUUUGCUCCCCAUUUGACUCGGGAAUUCGUCCCGGAUAAUGGCUGCGCCACUGACAUUUUCUCUUUGGGGGGGCAAGACCUCCUUGACAGAUACAACACAUUCCAACGUGGAGCACACAAGGCCGACUUUUGGCGCUACGUGCGCUUGGGACGUCGUGGCGGCAAUUACUUGGAUAUCAAGAUGGCAUUGUUGAGACCCCUCCAAGAAACGCUCAGCGACAUCUACCGUCAGGGGGGAAUUGCCGUGCCUAUGGAUGGCCAUGUGAUGUCGCUGCCGCACGACUUGCCGCAUUUUGCGUGCACACGUGCUUGGGGAUGGAAGCACGGCUUCAAAACCCACCUCGAAGCCCUUCUUGCUUGCACUGCGCAAGAAAAAUCUUCUGGCAGCACGCUGGCUCCAGCAGAGACAGCCGCAAGCUCCAGCAGCGAUACCAGGGAUUCGGCCCCGCCUGCCUUCAUGGAACUAACAUCAGAAAGUAUUGAGAAGAUUCACGACUUAGCCCGAACGCCUUGGUACGCAGACCUGGACCCGUCGGAACUGCGACGAUUCAUUCCUCUCGGACUUCGCAUCGCCACAGAUGGCUCAAACUAUUUGGUUUGCAAAUUCUGCAAGAACCACAAAAGGAAACAGCUUCAUUUCCAAGGACCGCCAGAAGUCAGGAGCCACUUCGACAAACACAGGGACGAACCAGAAGAAUCAAUGGAAACACAUGAGAAAAAGGCAGCGAUCACAGAAGCGAAAGAAGAAACCACAGAAGACAACAAGAAGUAUGAAAAAGAAGCUGCAGAAGAAACAAAGGGAGUCUGGGCUGACGCAGGACCAGUUCCAACUUGGGCUACUGCCGACGCAGAAAGCCGACUCGCCGCCGCUGCGCAGCCUGUUGGAUCCACGCCGCUCGCCGCCCUAUUGCUUGCAAGCCUGCUGAACACAAACUCAGACAUGGCCAGAUUCAUCGACCGGGUGACCGACCUCAUCGAAUCCUGUUUGCAGCACCAGCAGCAAGAGAUGGCUACCAUCCUCACGGACUUGCACGACGUACCGGUGAUGCUGGGCAAACUCUGGCAGGCAAAGAACCAGAAAGCAACAACUUGGAAUCACAUCACACAUCCAUGGUUCGUCAAUUGGCACGUCAGAGACACAAAUUGGCCAUUGAGCAUGCCCUCAGAAAAAGGAGUUGCAGAGGUGAAAGGAACCAUCUACAGCACAGUGGCGAUUAACCUUUUGCUGGAAGGUUUGACACAGAGCAUCGACGUCGCUGGCCUGGCUGGUGAAGAUCGGACCCGCGCCUUGCGCAGCUGUUGUGCGCACUUCAACGUUGCUUGCUCCAGUCGCGGCCAUGUGUGCCGUCUCCUCCUUUCCAACAACCCCGAGAGAUUCAAGUUUGAUCUGAACCCAGCUGAUAUCGAGCGGCUCUACGGGGGCACCUCAAGCAAGAAAACCAAAACCCAGAGGACCACGGGCAUUGCUCACGGUCAGCUUUCCAAACCGAGCGCGGAAACCCAGAUCUCUUCUACAGAAUUGGACACUAGGUUUAGAGACACAGCUGCACCACGCGUUGCAGACAUCCCAGCUGCAAAGCGCGCCAAGCGACCCAAGCAACCCAAGCGACCCAAGCGCGCCAAGCGCGCCAAGCGACCCAAGCGCGCCAAGCGCGCCAAGCGCGCCAAGCGACCCAAGCGACCCAAACCGCCCCACAUCACUUUGCCAGACCAAGCGAUCCAAGCGCGCCAAGCGCGCCAGGGACACUUGCCCGAAUACCGGCCCAGAUUCCCAUUACUCUCAACUGAA